CGUCCCUUGCCUGCGCCUGCGCAGUCGCGUGCAAUUCCAGCCUGUGAAGCUGAGCCAGUCACCACUGGAACACCGGACCGCAUCAAUGAUUGUUUGGUGCUUGCUAUAGGAAUCUACAUUGCCUGCGACAUGAUGACCAACUGCGAGCUCCUGUAGGUGCUUUACAUUCCUGUCCAAGUCAUACUCAAGAACUCCAACAUGGGCCUGAAGUCCCUUCGAUGUGUCGGUUUGAGCUCUUCGGGCGGCUAAUACUCUGGUGUCAACCUCCACACGAGUUUAAGCCAUCCAUUGAGUUGUGUCACGAACCUCAGCCUCGUGUACGUGCGCGUCCUUCAACCCCACGGACGACAUGCUACAUGAAAUCCUCCUCUCGUUAUCCGGCUUCGGGUCACCUCUCUGGAGCCAAGCGAGGUCAGUCGAAGACUCAGAUGGAGAUGGUUUCUCCCAAUAUACCUCGCCGCCAGAAAGGGCCAUGCUAGACAUCUUGGCGCGUCUAUGCGAUCUACAUGUCAAGAUCCGCGAUACAGCUACCCGCUUGUCCACCAGUCAUCGCUCUAUGGUUUGCCGUGCUGUGAGCUCCUCAAUAGUGGAAGAGCACUUAUGCAACUUCGUGGACAAAAUUGUGGAGGUCGAGUCUUCAAUCCUCAAGAAAGAUGCGGGAUAUGUUGGUGCCUACGAUGUUGUGCCGCUGAGCACAAUUUUUUCGGAGUUUGCCCCGUGGACGAGGCGACUGGAAUGGCUGUGGUCUGUUGUUCAACGUCUCAUUGCGAAGUCCUCAAAUGCUCGGGGACAGACCUUUGUCUCUGCAGCUAUCGUUCUUGACUAUUUGGAGAGGGAGACCCAUACAGGCUACUCAGAUAUUGAAGACAUGGCAAUCAUGCUAUUGACCGUCGCGCAGAAAGCAUGGAUGCGUAGCGCUUCCUUCUGGGUUUUGUACGGGGAUUUGCCGACAUCGGGUGCGGAGGACUUUUGUGUGAAAGCCAAUCCUUCUCCCACAUCUGCACUGGAUGCUUUCUCGAUCGAUUCCUCCCUCACCCCCAGAUUCCUUACUCCGGUCGCUGCAUGUGCUCUACUCUCUACCGGCAGCGCUCUUCACCAGCUAAGAUCUCAGAGCUCGUCCUCAGCUGUCAGUCUCAAGGGGUCAGUUGACUCAUCAAUGACUUUGAUGCCAAAGCAUGCCAGCUUACUGCAAUCCCUACGCUUCCCUAUUAGCCCGCCAUUGUUGGAGAAUUUGCUGGCUUCACUUGACCGAUCAAUCUCUGAAAACGCACUUUCUCAGAUCCUUCCUCGCCAUUCGGUUAUGCAAAUCCUUCAGGUCAUCCUGCGUUAUGUGCUCCUUGAUCACGGAGAGUUUGCAGUGUCUCUUGUGGCUCAUGCAGAUGAACGUGUAAACAGCCGCCAGCAGAGACGGACUGCGACCGGACCUCCUAGAAAAUCCGGCCGGCUGGAUGACCUGGCCAUCCAAGAGGCAGAACUAAAUGGGAUCCUGAGCAAAGCCAUGGCAGACAUGGCCACGUUCCAUGCUAACGAUGAUCUUGACGAUGGCAUUUGGGCUCUUGCCAAGAAAACCCUGUCUCUGAAACUGGCCGAGACGACUUCGGAGCCCCAGUUGAUCUCAACGCUUCUUCCAAACCCGACUGGCCUGUUCAUUACAAUCCCGCCAUCAUCUCCCCUGCAUAUAUUUCUGUCUACUCACGAUAUUCACCAGUAUUCGGUUUUAAACGGCUAUCUACUGUCGAUACGGCGAGCAGGGAUCCACUUGUCUGAACUCUGGAAGCUUUCAUACCAUCGCCGGUGCUAUCCCGCACCCGUGGGUGCAUCACGUCCAGGACAGACAGGCCCUGCUAAUCGAAGAGUGCGAGAUAAUUCAAGAACACUUCGGACAAGGCGCCAUUGGACGUGUGCUGGCAAGGCAUUGUUCAUGAUUAACGAGCUCCAAGUUUAUCUACAGGGAGAAGUGAUCCAAAGCAGCUGGGCACAUUUCCAAAAGUGGAUCAAUGGCGAAGACACAACAGGAUUGUCCACGGCGAAAUCGUCAAGGCCUGGCUCUGCAUCUUCUGCCGGAGGGAGGCAAAAGGCAAAAUCAACGAUGGCAGAGCUGCCCAGCGAUUCAGGAUCUACCACUACGCACGCACAAGCACCGAACGAUCCUCGAGCGUUGGCAGAAGCACAUCGGGCAUUUCUGCAUGCCCUGAGUGACGCACUUCUAAUCACAAACAAGGACUUCACCAGCAGGCUCAAGCACCUCCUAGGUCAAUUGGACCAUUUCAUCGCCCUAUUUUUGCGAUUACAAACCGUUUGGGAAGGCUUGGAUAUGCAGGAGGAUGACGGUGUGCUCGACGCUUUCGCGGACCAUGCCAAAGACGAAAGAGAGGUCUUUGCCGAAAUGGACCGGACGACCGACACCAUAGAGUCCACUCUGCUCGAGAUUGUGAAGACCAUCCGAGAUGUGGAAAAGCAGAAGCGUAGUGGUCUGGGCAGGGACACCCCUGUCGACAGAACGAACGACCUCGAAUUGAACUUGGACAAUACCAAGUUUGUCCCUUGGCAGGCUAGAACUGUGGACAGACUGGUCAUGAAGCUCGACAGUCUUGCUGGGAGACAUGAUGAGGAUGAUGAUGGAUUGGGAAGUGGCAUUGUUGAUGUUUAUGAUGACGAUUGAAGUACAUAAGGUAAAUGUUCGGAUAUUAUGAAAGUAUGUUAAUGAAUUCAAAAAGUUCUAGUUCUGCUUGAACCGAGUAGUCUGGUUCAGAUAUACUGUAUCGAUUUCGAAGAAAAGUACGCAUUCUCUUCGGAUGGUCCGACACCAAUAAUCUUGUAUGUCUACACUGCUAGAUAUCAUUUACAUGGGACAGAAACACCUAUGAAAUCGUU